UUUUCCUUUCAAGAAAAAUCUCUGAGACUGGUGAAUGGAGAAGACAAAUGUCGUGGUCGCAUUGAGGUCUUUCACAAUGGAAGCUGGGGAACAAUUUGUGAUGAUGGCUGGGACAUGAAUGACGCACAAGUUGUGUGUAAGCAGCUUGCCUGUGGAGAGGCUGUCCAAGCUCUAUCUAAUGCUGCAUUUGGGGAAGGAACUGGCAGCAUCUUCCUGGAUCAGGUCAAGUGCCAAGGGAACGAAUCGUCUCUUGAAGAAUGCUCCCAUAAACCUUGGGGUGUUCAUGACUGUCGCCACAAGGAAGAUGCAGGGGUCAUUUGCUCAGGUCCUACUGUUACCACACCACCACCUGAACUUUCUACAACCUCCGCAGAUCUGACCACACAGAAAACAAGAGAGUUUUCUACAACCUCCACAGAUCUGACUACACAUCAAGUAAGAG